AAAAAAAAAUGACAACUAACAGAAAAUGAUGUGGCAAGAUCGUAAUUCAUUGGCCAGCUCAACCCAAAUGGAAUCGACGGCGAAUAAUUUCCAGAAACAGUGUCAUUUCUAAAAGGGCAACGCUGUUAUUUUAGACAGGAUCUGGUGGCAACGUGGUCAUUUGAUUAACAUCCGGUUGCGGCAUUCCGAUAUAAAUAUCCGCUGGCUGAAAUUUCUCAUUACUACUUCUCAGAAAAGGAAAAUAGAAAGUUUAUAAUCUAUCGCGUUGUUCUGAAGCAGCUCCCUAUUUCUCCGCGUACGCUCUCUACCACCUCCCCAGAUCUAUUGUUUUCUGGGACCUAAGUAUAAAACAGAAAUGGGGCUGACUUUCACUAAGCUGUUUAGCCGGCUAUUCGCUAAGAAGGAGAUGCGGAUUUUGAUGGUUGGUCUUGAUGCUGCUGGUAAGACAACCAUCCUGUACAAGCUCAAGCUCGGAGAGAUUGUCACCACCAUUCCAACCAUUGGUUUCAAUGUGGAGACUGUUGAAUACAAGAACAUUAGCUUCACAGUUUGGGAUGUUGGGGGUCAGGACAAGAUCCGCCCAUUGUGGAGGCACUACUUCCAAAACACACAGGGUCUCAUAUUUGUGGUGGACAGUAAUGACAGGGACCGUGUUGUGGAGGCAAGGGAUGAAUUGCAUAGGAUGUUGAAUGAGGAUGAGCUGAGAGAUGCUGUAUUACUUGUAUUUGCAAACAAGCAAGAUCUUCCCAAUGCAAUGAAUGCUGCUGAAAUUACUGACAAGCUUGGUCUGCAUUCACUGAGGCAGCGUCACUGGUACAUCCAGAGCACCUGUGCUACCUCUGGAGAGGGGCUAUACGAGGGGCUGGAUUGGCUCUCUAACAAUAUUGCUAACAAGGCUUAAAUGUUGUUGGGAGUUGCUUGGAUAAUGCGUGCAGCUGUGUUUUUCAUAGCCUUAUACUAGUCUGUGUGGAAUGAUUUUGUUUCAAAAUUUUUGGAAGUUCUUUGGUACCCUGUGAAAUGGCUGUGUAAAACUAAAUGAAAUUGUUUCAUAUGUUUGCGGUACACUAGUUUAAAUGUAAUGCUAUAUUCAUUCAUGGACACACUAAUAUUAAAUAUUGUCUGCAUUCACAGUUA